UUGAAGAAUGUAUUAACAACCACCCCUAAUUUGCUCUUACUACACGUUAUAUAUGCAUACUUUCAUUAGCAAAGCUUCUUCCUCACUUUAGCAUACACACAUAUACAAAAUGUGAGGGCAAUGAUUUAGGGUGCACAUAAGUGAGAACAAAUAAAUCCGGGAUCUGAAUGUAUGUACCUGGCUAAGCCGCCAUGGAAAAUUUUCCACAAACUAGUGAAAGACACACACAUACCUCUAAUAUUCAUAAUAUUCCUCCCUUGGUACCUAAAUAUUACAACCCUAAAAGCAAGCACAACAACUUAUCUUUCAACUAUUCACCAAAACAUUCUAUUAUCAUCUUACUCAUAUGUUUAACCAUAUUUCUUCUCUUCCAAAUUCCUUCUCUUCAAUUCCCUCCGUCGAUUGAGUCCUUCAAGAAGGUUGCCUCCUCCUCCUCCUCCCCCUUAGGAAAUCAAAAUUCAACGAACGAAGAUGAGAUUGAGAAGCUCAAACACGCGGUGACAUUCCUCCCCUUGAAGGACUUAAGAUACUCGAGCACAGCCGCCCAAGGGCACACAUGGUUCAUGAGUUCCAUGUACGACACACGCGACGAGGAAGGGGACGUGCAAUACCAAAAGUUCCCAUCAAAUGACUCAAAGGGAAGGAUCCUAUGUAUAAAGGGUCAUGACACACAUGAUGGGUCAUGGAAUUAUUAUGCACUUGCAUGGCCGGAAGCGUUACCCCAUAAUGCCACCCUUAUGAAAGGCCUAACAUUUGUGUCAUAUAAUCAUUAUAAUUAUGAUAAUAUAUGGCAUGGUUUGUCCGCCGUAUUUCCGUUUGUAGCAUGGCAUAUGAAAAAUGGGUGCAAAUUGCCUUCUAGAUGGGUGUUAUACCAUUGGGGUGAACUUAGGGCUAAGAUGGGUCUUUGGAUACGUUUGGUUUUGCAAGCCACUUUUGAUGGGCCAAUCAAUAUUGAAGUGUUUGACGGGGUUGAAGACGAGCAACCGGUAUGCUUCGAAGAGGCGGUGGUUAUGAGGCAUAACGAGGGAGGGAUGUCAAGGCAAAGAAGGAUGGAAACGUAUGAUCUAAUAAGGUGCAAAGCAAGGAUGUUUUGUAGUGUAAGCCUUGAUCGUAGGCCACAUGAAAUUGGGAUGACUCUAUUUAUGAGGACUGGGGCUAGAUCUUUCACAAAUGAUGCGGCUGUUAUUGACCUCUUUAAAACCGAAUGUGACAAGUUUACCAAUUGCCAAUUAUAUGUAGCUUACUCUAAUAAUCUCACCUUUUGUCAACAGGUUGAAUUGAUGAGCAUAACAGAUAUAUUGGUAUCACCUCAUGGUGCCCAAUUAACCAACAUGUUCCUAAUGGACAGGAAUAGUAGUGUCAUGGAGUUUUUUCCUAAGGGUUGGCUAAAGUUAGCCGGUGUAGGCCAAUAUGUCUAUCACUGGAUUGCAAGCUGGUCCGGUAUGAAACAUCAAGGCGCAUACCGUGACCCGAAUGGUGAACCUUGUCCCUAUCCCGAGGACGAUCGUCGAUGUAUGUCCAUUUUUAAGGGUGGUAAGAUCGGUCUUAAUGAUACUUAUUUUAGAGAAUGGACAAGAAUUGUGUUAAAGGAUGUGCAGCUUAGGAAGGUUGAUGAAGCCACUAAAAAUAGUCUAAAUUCUAAAUCAACUAUUGGUUGUACUUGUAAUUUGUGAUAUGUUUAGUUACAAACAAUUCAAAAAAUUUACAUGAUGUUAAAAAAUAUUUUAAGAAUAGUUGAUGUUACCAUUAA